AUGUCUCUUCAUAGGCUUGUGACUGGAUGCCUUUGUUCUUGGGCCCGCGUUUCAGGAUAUAUUGAGGUUCCUAUCACGGAUGUUCCUGGUGGUGGUUUCGAUAUUACUUUCGUCGAGAGAUAUUUCGGCGCUCAUGCUGAUGUGGGCGAGCACACUGUUGUUGUAUCAGAUCCCGAUGCCGCACAUAAUUCACAGGCAUUUUUGGUCUUUUUUGAUCGCAAUACCCAUGCCAAUGGUGCCCAACGUUGUUCCUAUCUCGUUUUGAAGGUCUCUGAAGGUUCACGUGCUGAGAAUUUGGCGAGAUCAGAUUAUGUCGCCGUUGUUCUAGCAAUUGAUGAGAUUUUGCGCGUUGUCCCUCCCAGCGAAACUGCCGCGGCCUUUGCUCGCAAGAGAACUCUUUCUCGUCCAUAA